UAUGUCAUAAUCCGAGAAUUCCAGUUGCAAAGAGAAACUAGAACUGUAACGGUAAAAAUCAAUAUUCGAUUUCAUAGCUGUGGUUAUUUGAAAAUAGUCGUGUUUCUGGAGAUUUCUGUUUUGUGAAAGGUUUGUUUAUAUCUUACCCACGCUGAAACAAUGGCAGAGAUUUCUCAUCCUAACGUCAAAUAUGAAUGGUAUCAAACAGAAUCCAGUGUUACGAUCAGUGUUUUAAUCAAAAAGCUUAAGCCUGAAAAUGUUCGAGUUGAUAUUGUGGAUGCUAAGCUAAGUUGUCUUGCAAAACUUGAAGAUGAUAAAGAUUUUUCUCUCACAUUGCAUUUAGCCCAUGGAAUUCAGGCUGAUAAAACUAAAUGGAAAGUUCUCCCAACUAAGAUAGAAAUUAAAUUACAGAAAACUGAGGCUAUCCAUUGGGAAAAAUUGGUAGAGAAACCUUCUGAACCUGAACCUAAAGCAGAUAAAAUUAUAAAGACUUACCCAACUUCAAAAACACAAAAGAAAGAUUGGGACAAGCUUGAGGCACAGUUAAAGAGAGAAGAAGAGGAUGAAAAAUUGGAAGGUGAAGCUGCUCUGAACCAACUUUUCCAAAAAAUAUAUCGAGAAGGUUCAGAUGAGACAAGAAAAGCGAUGAAUAAAUCAUUUAUGGAAUCUGGUGGGACAGUUCUGAGCACAAGUUGGAAUGAAGUUGCACAGAAGAAAGUUGAUAUAAAACCUCCUGAUGGCAUGGAGUUCAAAAAAUGGGAUUAAAAACAUGAAAAAAAGACAUUGAAAUUGCCAAUUUUGUGUGCUUAUGUUUGUUGAAUAAAUUAAAAUCAUCUUUGUUGCUCAA